AUUUUACGGCCACAAAAAAUGUAUAAAAUAGGAAAUGGGAAAACCCCAUCACAGCUCCACGCCUCCACUGCUAUCCCUCUCUUCCUCUCUGCUUUCCCCUUCCAAUGGAAUCCUGUAGCUUCCGUGCCGCAACCGCGCCUUCUCCCUUUCCCUCCGCUCCUUCUUCAUCUUCAUCCCCGCGCGCCCCAUGCCCCAUACUCCGAUUUCCCAGGCCAAGAAAAGGGAGGCAGAUUGGGGUGCGGAGGAGGGCGUCCGGAUUUGAUGCCUUCGCGUCUUUCGCCGGCAAGGUCUUCGUGGAUGAGGCGAUUGGAGCGGAAUAUGGGGAGGGCUUCGAAACAUUUCGAAUGGAUGGACCACUCAAGGUUGAUGUGGAUUAUCUGAAUGAAAAAUUGCAAGAGUGCUUCCUUCAAAGGAUAAGGCAUGCUAUGAAGCCGGAUGAGGCGUUUGGUCUAAUUUUUUCGUGGGACAAUGUUAUUGCUGAUACAGACUCGCUAAAGUUGAAUGCUUGGAGACAACUUGCUUUGGAGGAAGGUAAGGAUAUCCCAAGUGGUGCUCAUGUCCGGAAGAGCAUUAUUCAUGGUGCUGCUGACCAUGUUCUUAGAAAGGUUUUGUACUGGGCAAAAGAGGAAGAUAAAAUGGAAAAAUUGAAGGCACGCCUUAUAGAGUUGUACUACGAGAACCUGUUCAAACUCGAUACACCUGUAGAAGGAUUGAGAGAAUGGCUGGAUGCUGUUCAGACAGCAGGGAUACCUUGUGCUGUCGCAUCACCCCUUGACAGGAGAUGCAUGAUCGAAGCUUUGGAUCGGAUGGCGCUAAGCAAAUAUUUCAAGGCGAUCGUGACUGACGAAGAUGAUAUGGAGUCGAUAGCAAAUCGAUUUCUGUCAGCUGCUAUGAAGUUGGAUCGUAAACCCUCGAAGUGUGUGGUGUUCGAGGAUGACCCAAGGGGCGUCACAGCCGCCCACAACUGUACAAUGAUGGCAGUCGCAUUGAUUGGUGCUCAUCCAGCGUAUGAGUUGGUACAGGCAGACCUUGCCAUUGCAAAGUACAGCGAGCUCUCAGUGAUCAACCUCAGAAGGCUGUUUGCGAACAAGGGAAUCAGCUUCAUGGACUUGCAGAAGCAGAUAAUCGAGAAGUCACCUCCCAAGAGGAGGCUGACAGUAGACACCAUUUUCUGAUAGAUACACUUUUAUUUGGUGUCUGCCUGUUGUUCUUGAGUAGCCAACAACCUUCGGCAUUAUGGCGGUGGCGUUGUAUAUAAGAUAGUGCUGAUGUUAGGUGAUCCGCUGUGUACCUCCUUGUGAAUGCAAUGCGGUAGUUCCAUCAAGGUACCAUGAGGAAGACUGCUGCAACAAUGUUGUUGCUGAUGUAAGCUGAUAUUAUUCAAAUUUAUUCAUAUUUCAUGGUCGAU